AUGAAUGGUGCAUGGCUGAUCAUGGAUAACGCCAAGAUUCAUAAGACGGAGGAGGUGCGACGACUCUUGGAUGACACACCGUAUCAGCUGAAAUUCCUCUCGCCAUACUCCUAUAUGCUGAACCCGGCUGAGAAUGUCUUCUCAAAGAUACAAUAUAUGCAGGCACUUACUGAAUCGAAUUGCGAUCGGGAUGCAGCUGAUGCGCUUGCUGUGUAG